UAGCUGUUUCCGGUUGUAAACUGCGCGGACUGUGGCAGUUCGAAACAAAUGAAAUUUGAAGACUGCCGCAUUUGAGCACCGUGCGGAAAGAUGGAAAACUUCAUUCUCUACGAAGAGAUUGGAAGAGGAAGCAAGUCGGUUGUGUAUAAGGGGAGGAGGAAAGGAAGCAUUCACUUUGUGGCCAUCAUCUGCUGUGACAAGUCAAAGAGGGCUGAGAUCACCAACCAUGUGCGACUGACCCACAGCAUCAAACAUGAAAACGUGGUUUCUUUCCAUGAAUGGUAUGAGACCAGCAACCAUCUGUGGCUGGUGGUGGAACUGUGUACAGGGGGCAGUUUAGAGGCAGUCAUCUCUCAGGAUGAGUGUCUGUCUGAGGAUGUCGUGAGGGGUUUUGCCAUGGAUCUUGUCAAAGGUCUGAAGCACAUCCAUGGUUCUGGCAUCAUCUGCAGUGACAUCACUCCUGCCAAGAUCUUGCUGGAUGGCCCUGGCACUCUGAAGUAUUCCAACUUCUGCCUGUCCAAAGCAGAGGGAGAAAACCUGGAGGAGUUCUUCCAGUAUGUGCUGUCAGAGGAAGGAGGGGGUGGAGGAGGAGGAGGAGGGGAGGGCGGAGAAACCACACCCAGAAAAAAUAUCAAGAACCGAAUCCAAGGGUCUCCAAUGUAUUCUGCACCAGAAGUAGUUCGAGGAGAGGAAUCGAGUGUUGCCAGCGAUAUCUGGGCCCUGGGCUGUAUAUUAUAUGAGAUGUUCACAGGAAAGCCACCAUUUAACUCACACAGUUUAUCAGACCUGAUUGAGCUCAUUCUACAUGAAGACCUGCCCUCUCCAAGGCAAAAGGGCACUGCUGGUUGCAAACCUUCUCCAGAGUUUGAGAGCCUACUGAGGAGUCUGCUUCAGAAGGACCCAGACAAGAGGCUGAACUGGGAUCAGUUACUUACUCACCCCUUCUGGAGAGGAGCAUUUUGCGAGGAGCAGACCAGCGAGGAUGAGGGGGCGUCAGACAGCUCCAGUGUGGAGCAGGGUGGGGUUUGCCCCUCCAGCCAGGCAUCACCAGGCAACCCGGCCACAGUGACCUCGCAGGGACCAGCAGAGGCGAGAGAAGGGGUGGGGUCAGCCAGGGACAGCAGCCAAGCUCUCAACAAGUCUUUCAGAUUAGACAGUGUGGCUGAAAUUAGACCAAAGAGCGCAUCUGACAGUGAAGCCAGAGAGUCCAUCUUUCUCCUCAGCUCCCGUCCAACUCCAAGAACCAGCACUGCUGCAAGAGACACAAUACCGAAGGCACCUCGAGCCCAGGGGAACGUUUAUAUUGGUGGCCCAUGGGAUGUAACUGCCUGUGUCAAGGAGCUGGUCUACACUGACAGUGACUUGAUUGUGACUCCAAUCAUUGACAACCCCAAGAUCACGAAACCUGCUCCAGUAAGAUUUGAUGCUAAAACAUUGGCUGUCCCUGCACAUUCAGCUGAUAAACUGUCCUCUCUGAGUCUGAAAGACUGGAGCGCCUUUGUGCAGCAGCUGUGCUCUGUGCUGGAGUCGGGUGAUCGGCUGGGCGAGAGGGCGAAUGAGAGGCCGGGUGGGGCGGCGCGCUCCAAGCUCAACUUGCUCUGCUAUCUGUGCACCAUCGCCGCACACAAGGACACAGCCACCCGGCUCAUCAAUUCCCCACUGCUGCCGUUGUUGACCCAGCACCUCCGCACAGCUCCUAAUUGGGAUGUGAGGACGAAGGUGAUGCGUGUUCUGGGGCUAUUGGCCUCACACUGUGUGGAGCUAAAGGAUGAAACGCCAGUGGCAGAGGCUGUGAACACCUUCACAGAGCUGGUCAGGGAGAACUUUAGGAACACAAAGCUGAAGCAGUGCAUGCUGCCGCCACUGGGGGAGCUGCUGUACCUUCUCGCCAGCCAGGAGAAGAGAGAAGAGAGCCCGGGAGGAUUGUGGGCUGUUCCUGCCGCCGCCUACACGGUGAUAACGAGGUGCCUUCGGGAAGGGGAGGAGCUGGUGGUGAACCACAUGGCUGCCAAGAUUGUGGAGAACAUCUGCACCACGGUAUCGCAUCAUGCCCAGUGCUUCAUCACAGGCGAGAUUGGCCCUAUACUGUGGUACCUCUAUACGCAUUCCACCGUGGAUUCACUGAGGGUCACUGCCAUAUCGGCCCUGUGCAGAAUCACCCGCCAUUCUGCCAGCGCCUUCCAGAGCGUGAUCGACAAGGUGGGGCUGCCGGCCAUCCUGAGCAGCCUGGCGUCUGGGAUCGGCCGCGUCCAGCAGCACAUGCUGACCAUGUUCGCCGCCAUGCUGGCGUCUGGUGCUCACUUGCACCGCCUCGUCCAGGAGAAGGACUUAGUGACGAAGAUGAUCCGGUGUCUGGAGAGUCCGUCCGCAGUGAUCCGAGCGAAGGCCUUCUUGGUGCUGGUCCAGGUUCUGAUCAACAAUCGUGAGAUGCUGCUUCUGUGCUGUAACUCAAGGCUGGUGAUGUACAUUGAAAGAGACGUCCGAAAGGCCACGCCGGGGAGGGAACAACAAAGCAGCAAUGAAUACCUGUCAAAAUGCCUGGAUGUCCUCAUCCGUCACAUUGUGCAGGAGCUGCCAGGCAUUCUGGAAGACAUCCUGUCUGCACUGGGGAACAUCGUGGGUCGCAAACAUCCAUCAACCGUCCAGGCCAAGCAGCUAAAGCAGUGCCUGCCGAUGAUGGGUGUCGUGCUGCAUCUGCUCACCUCGCAGAUAUUCAGGCCGCAGGUGGUGACCGAUGUGUUCCUUUUCAAAUUUGGGGCACUACUGAAUCAUGUCACAUCUGUAGAUUCCUAUGGGACCAGCCUAGAGAGAGCAGUAGGACAGACAGCAUCCGAGGAGCUGAUCAGGAACACUCUGUCGGCCGUGGAAGCCAUUACCCAGCAUUCUUCUCUGCUGACACCCCAUCACUCUACUGUUGUGGAUUCCAUUCUGCCUCCUUUGGCCUCCCUGGCGUUCAGUAAAAACGUGGAGUGGCGGAUCCUCAGCCUGCGGGUGCUGUCGGAGAUCACUCUGCUGCUGCUGAGCCAGGAGGCUGUGGAGGAGGGCGGGGCCUGCACCUCGAACAGACUGCUGUCGCUCAUCACCGAGGCCCUGCUCCCACAGUAUGAGUCCCUCCUUCUCGAGCCUGAUCCAGUCCCAGCUUAUGCUCUGAAACUUCUGGUGUCUCUUACGGAACACAGCUCACCUGUCAACAGGCUCAUCGAAGAAAGCCGUCUGCUACCUGCCAUCUUCCAAGUCAUCUCGGAUCAUCAGAGCAACCUGCUGGGCAGCACCAUGCAGAAUGCUGCCGCUCUCCUCAGCAACCUGACUGGACAAAGGGAUGCUAAUCUGCAGCCGUUCUAUCAGGAAGGUCUGGUGGAGGUUCUCCAUAAUGUCCUGAUGGAUGUGGGCAUGCAGUACCUGGUGGAGGAAGAGCCGGCCAGGCUGAAGGGCAGCAGCGUGCUGCUGUCGUUGCUGGAGGUCUUGCAUAACGUUCUAAAGAGCACUUCCGCUGUGGUGCGGCAGGCUCUCCAGGCUAAAAAAUAUUACGCUGGAGUGGACACCCAGGCUGCAGAGGGGCUCCUGCUCAUCAACAAGCCACUGACUGACUUCAUCAGCCUGCUUAUUCAGAUGCUGCCGAGUGGCGAUGCAGAGCUGUACGAGGAGGCGAGCCAGUGUCUGUCUCUGCUGGUGCAGCUGUAUGGGGGGGACAGCCCUGACUGUCUGUGCCCUGAGAACCUGCUCAGCCUGGCUGGAGUGCUGGAGAUGCAGCCCCACCCCAAACAGCAGAGGCUCCUCUUGAGGGUCAUUAAACGACUGAUCACCUCCAGGGAGAACAGCAGCGGCAACCUGCAGGAGGUGGGGAGCAAGCUAGUCUCAGUCCUACAGAGACUGGCUCAAUCGGCCAGUCAGGUCAAAGUGAAGCGAUCAUGGUCCCACGCUGAUGUCACUGUCACUUCACUUGCAUCGGAGAUACUGAAAGCCAUCGGGUGCUAG